CGCCGUAUCCACCCAAUGUCUAGCGUCAGCAGCAACCAGCCACCGUCAGCCGCCGGCUACAAGCCAUACCGUCACCUGAAAACGCUAGCCGGUCAUCAACGCGCCAUAUCCUGUGUAAAAUUUUCAAACGACGGUACCCUCUUGGCCUCCGCCUCCCUCGACAAAACCCUAAUUAUUUGGUCCGCUUCGACCCUCUCCCUCCUCCACCGCCUCGUUGGCCACUCGGAAGGAAUUUCCGACCUCGCCUGGUCAUCCGAUUCCCACUACAUCUGCUCCGCCUCUGACGACCGUACUCUCCGCAUCUGGGACGCGCGUCCACCGUUCGAUUGCCUCAAGAUCCUCAAAGGACAUUCCGACUUCGUCUUCUGCGUUAACUUCAACCCGCAAUCGAAUCUCAUCGUUUCGGGAUCCUUCGAUGAGACGAUUCGCAUCUGGGAGGUGAAAACGGGGAAGUGCGUAAGGUUAAUUCGGGCGCACACCAUGCCGGUGACGUCGGUUCACUUCAAUCGCGACGGUUCGCUGAUCGUAUCGGGUAGCCACGAUGGGACCUGCAAGAUUUGGGCCGCCAAAGAAGGCACUUGCUUGAAAACCCUAAUCGACGACAAAGAUCCCGGCGUCUCUUUCACUAAAUUCUCCCCCAACGGGAAAUUCAUCCUCGUUGCAACUCUAGACAGCACUCUCAAGCUUUGGAAUUACUCAACAGGGAAGUUUCUGAAGAUUUAUCAAGGGCAUACAAACAGAGCUUACUGCAUAACAUCGACAUUCUCCGUUACGAGUGGUAAGUACAUUGUUAGUGGAUCGGAGGAUAAAUGUGUGUAUCUAUGGGAUCUUCAAUCCAAGGCCAUGAUUCAGAGACUCGAAGGCCAUUCGGAUGCAGUUGUAUCCGUGACUUGCCAUCCUGUUGAGAAUAAAAUUGCCUCUGCUGGGCUUGAAGGGGAUAGAACAAUAAGGGUUUGGGUUCAAGAUGCUUGAAUUUUGCCAUAAAUCAUUCUCUGUGAAAGUUCAAUCAUUUCCCAAUCAUAUGUUUGUUG